AUGGACGCCACCACACAAACCCAAACCCCCCGCGUCCCACUCAGCUCUUUGAAUCCCAACAACGCGUCUUCGCCAACAAAGAAGAGGAUGUUGCAAAGCCCGUUCGAGUCACAGACGAAGAUGAUGCAAACGCGUACGCCGCCCGAGACGGAGGUCAAGAAGAGGGUGUUGGCUGGGACUGGAACAGUCGAUUCCUCGCCCACAGCUUCGAGGGCAGUGGCGGAAGAGGAGAGGGUGGUAAAGAAAGCUAGGUUAAGCUACUCCUCAUCACCGCCCGCAUCAACAGGGUCAGCGUCGUCGGUGUUUUCCAGCCCGCACCACCACCACCUCCUCCUCGAGGAUGGUGAGGGGGAUGUCUCCAUGGUUACCACCAUUCCUGAUUCAACACCUGCACCGGCACCGGCACCGGCACCGGCAUCGGCAUCGGCAUCGGUGCAGAGGAGGAGUUUGACGCGUGAACAGGCUCGUCAGAAAGCGGAAAUCUUACGGCUGAGGCUUGGGUUGGCGAAUUACAAGGUGAGGACGGGGCAGGAGGAUGUUUCGCUGGAUCAGUUGGAGAGGAGGCUGAUGGUGAGGCUUUGGGGUGGGGAGGGAAGGGUGAGGGAGCAGGGGGGUGAGAGGUCGUCGCAGCAACAGCAUCAGAGAUGUGGUUCGCAGCAGAUGUUACCGCCGUCGAUGUCCAGGGGGACGCAUCAUCAGAGGAGGAGCAGUGGGGCGGGGGUUGUGGAAGAGAAGGAAAAUUGGAGGGAGGGGUUGUGGGAAGUCAUGAAACGGAGGGAGGCGGAGAGACAACAACAACAACAACAACAGCAGCAGCAGCAGCAGCAGCAACUAUCGCAGGAAGAUAGGGGGGAGGAGACGGAGGGGGAGGGGGAGGAGUUGGAACUGCCUAGGUUGCCGAGGGAAGAGGGGGAUAAUAGGGGGUUGGAGGCUGUGGGGGGGUUGUUGAGUUUGGCUAGGGGUUAG